UUCAAUCGGCUUUCGGGGCAGCGUCAAUUGUUUAGUGGUAAACAAUCGUGCCUCGUACUGUACUCGUACAACAACCAUGUCUCGAGUCUCUGUUUGGUUUUCGUCGACCCAAUGCGCUUCGACCGACAUGCCAGCAGCAGUCGGCUUGCCAUCUAUUCCAUAUGAUGCUGCACGAGGUACGCGCCGGCCAGAUCUCGGAAUUCUUACGACACCACUGCCAGCCCCUGCCCCAGCAGGCCACGUAACUCUCUUUUUGUCGGCAUCUCUGAUCAGUGCACGUUCAGCCUUCUCGUACUUCGUGAUUCCCGUUCACCCACUCGUCCACAAUCAGGAUCAACACCGAUCUCCGACCGAGCCAGCAGCGCCCCACUCCGUUCUACUCCGCUGCCCUGCUGACCUUGGCCGGGGCGCGCUUCCUUGUCCUCACAGCUUCUCGAGACAUAUAUAUAGCCCCCACUCGUGAGUGAACUCUCUCGCCAUCACACCUGGCCUAAACCUCACACUUGAAUCUAUCUACUAUCCUUCCAUAAUGCUCACCACCACUGUCCUUCUCUCCCUCGUCCAGGCUUUGGCUUUGGUCUCUGCCGCCCCCGCCCUCUCUCCCGCUACCAAGCGCGCCAACAUCAACCCCAUCGGCUUGGGCUCUGAUGACACUGGCUACAGCUCUUACUCUGGCGCUGCCAACCUUCAGUGGUACUACAGCUGGGCCUUGGACCCUUGGGCUGUCUCUGGCAAGGAGUUUGUUCCUAUGGUUUGGGGAAGAGACUCUGUUUCUCAAGUCAGCGGAAGGACUUUCGAUGGAUCUUCCUACAUUCUCGGUUUCAACGAGCCCGACCAGACCUCCGCCGUUGGUGGUUCCGCCAUCAGUGCUAGCGAUGCCGCGAGUCUCCAUCAGCAGUGGACCGGCGCGCUCUCCCAGUCCCUCAAGAUUGGUUCUCCUGCCGUUGCCCGAGGCAGUACUGAUUGGUUCAACAACUGGCUCUCUGCCUGUAACGGGAAGUGUGACUUUGACUUUGUGCCCAUUCACUUCUACGGUACCAACGCCGCCGACUUGAUCUCUUACAUUCAGUCCUUCCCCCGCCAGGGCAAGCCUAUCUGGGUCACCGAAUUCGCCUGCGUCGACUACGGAACCAACUACUACUGUAACGCCGACGAAGUCAAGUCCUUCAUGGACACCGCCAUCGCAUGGUUCCGAGGCGACGGCGCCGACAUUGUCGAGCGCUGGGCCUGGUUCGGUGCUAUGCCCCGCUUUGCUAGUGCUGGCAAUGCCAAUGGUCUUGAGAAUGCCGACUCGAGCUUCAAUGACUUGGGCAACCACUACCUCAGUCUUUAGGAGGCUUGAUACCUUGCUCUAUAGUAAACGCGUAUAAACAAGUCGUGGAAUAGGAGAAGCGAAGGAAGUUGAUUUUGAGCAUAUACACGAAGAAAUGU